CGCCCCUUCCGUCCGCACGCCCGCCGCCCCGCCGGCCCUUCCUCUCCCACCUUCCACUCGCGGCCCGCGCCCCGCACCCGGCGGCCCCCGCGUCCUCCUCCCGCGGCAGCGGUGUCCGCGGCGGCCGGAGCGGGCCGGGCCGGGCCAGCGGGCCGGGGGAUGGCGCUGCUGGACCUGGCCCAGGAGGGAAUGGCCUUGUUCGGCUUCGUGCUCUUCGUGGUGCUGUGGCUGAUGCAUUUCAUGUCCAUCAUCUACACCCGAUUACACCUCAACAAGAAGGCAACAGACAAACAGCCGUACAGCAAGCUCCCUGGUGUCUCUCUUCUGAAACCGCUGAAGGGGGUGGAUCCCAACCUAAUCAACAACUUGGAGACAUUCUUUGAACUGGAUUAUCCCAAAUAUGAAGUACUCCUUUGUGUACAAGAUCAUGAUGAUCCAGCCAUUGAUGUAUGUAAGAAACUGCUUGGAAAAUACCCAAAUGUUGACGCUAGAUUAUUUAUAGGUGGCAAAAAGGUUGGCAUUAAUCCUAAAAUUAAUAAUUUGAUGCCGGGAUAUGAAGUUGCAAAAUACGAUCUCAUAUGGAUCUGUGAUAGCGGAAUAAGAGUCAUCCCAGACACAUUAACUGACAUGGUCAAUCAAAUGACAGAGAAGGUGGGCUUGGUUCAUGGACUGCCUUAUGUAGCAGACAGACAGGGCUUUGCGGCCACAUUAGAGCAGGUAUAUUUUGGAACUUCACACCCAAGAUCCUAUAUCUCUGCCAAUGUAACUGGCUUCAAAUGUGUGACGGGAAUGUCUUGCUUAAUGAGGAAGGACGUGCUAGACCAGGCAGGAGGGUUGAUAGCCUUCGCUCAGUACAUCGCCGAGGAUUACUUUAUGGCCAAGGCAAUAGCUGACCGAGGUUGGAGGUUUGCGAUGUCUACUCAAGUCGCCAUGCAAAACUCUGGUUCAUACUCAAUUUCUCAAUUUCAAUCCAGAAUGAUCAGGUGGACCAAAUUGAGAAUUAACAUGCUUCCUGCAACAAUAAUUUGUGAGCCAAUUUCAGAAUGCUUUGUUGCCAGUUUAAUUAUUGGGUGGGCAGCCCACCAUGUGUUCAGAUGGGAUAUCAUGGUCUUCUUCAUGUGCCACUGCCUGGCAUGGUUUAUAUUUGACUACAUUCAACUCAGGGGUGUCCAGGGUGGCACACUGUGUUUUUCAAAACUUGAUUAUGCUGUGGCUUGGUUCAUCCGAGAAUCCAUGACAAUAUACAUUUUCUUGUCGGCAUUAUGGGACCCCACUAUAAGCUGGAGAACUGGUCGCUACAGGUUGCGGUGUGGAGGAACAGCAGAGGAAAUCCUAGAUGUCUAACAAGAGCUUCGCGACUGUGCACAGAGGACGGAACAGAAGUAGUAUAAAUUAUGUUUAUAGAGAUGCUUUUAAGGAUCUACCUUCAGUAGUUUUAUCACAUGUAUGUUUUGAUAUCCGCUCUUUAAUUUAUUUGCAUGGCACUUGCAUCUGUGAAAAGGAAAAAACAAAACAAAACAAAACAGGUCUGUAGGCUUGGCCAAUAGCAUAUUUUGUGGAAGUAGAGAAUCAAGACAAUUGGUUCUAGGAAACUGGGUUUGUUUUUUUGUCGUUGUGUUUGUUUAUUUUUUAAACAAAUAUAUAUAUACACACACACACACACAGACAGACAGACUGCUCUGCAGCAGACACUAUGACAGUAUCCUUCAGUAGGGAAAGUUUCUUACCUGAGUGGACUCACUCUGCAAUCUGUAUGGGCAGGACAAGAGCAGCUCUGUGAGAGAAGAGGACAGGUCACGCCCCCCUCCCUGUGUACAGUGAAGGGUGUUUCACGGGGAGGCGCCGGCGGAGAAACUUUUCCAUGCUUUAUGCCUACCUCCUGUAGCUGUCGCAGAGCAAGUAGAAGUUAGGGGUUGUGAUACGGUAGCUAGGCCUUGCAAAAACAAAUGGAAAACUUUACAAAGUAAUAAUAAUAAGAAGAAGAAGAAGAAGAAGAGCUGGAGUCUAGUAUUUAUAUGAAUCUGUGAGGAAUUUUUUUUCUGUCUCACUUCAAUGAACCAAAAGUGGCUGAGAUUGGUUUUUAAUCAUAACCAUGAAUUGAAGGCAUCUUUCGGACCAACUGUUGUUGGCUCUGUCUUGAACCAUGUUAAUCACUGUGCUGUAAUUAGAGCUGAAUCUUUCCUUCCCUGCUCCUCACCCAGCCCGCCCCAUCUUUCCUUAGCUUUUUUUCAGGGUUGGGGUGGGGGGUGAUCUUGUUUUAGUGUGAGUGGAUGUUUUGAUAGUUGUAAGGAAAAAUGCAUUUCAGACACAGUUCACAGGAGCUAUUUUCUUACCCAGUAUGUCUGUAUUGUUAAUAAGAAUGUAAUUUCAUGAUACAGGUAUUUAAUAUCUUUUUUAAGUAAGUAAAUAUUCUAGCUAUCAGUAUACCAAUUACAGUAGAGAAUUAAGAGAGGGCGUGAUGAGGUUUGCUCUUAAAAUCAGUCAGUAUCUAACUGAGUCUACUGUGUGUGUGUUGUUUGUUUGUUUUUUGGUGUUUUUUUUUUCUUUUUUUACUAUGACAGUGUAGUCUUAUUUAAAUUGGAUUUUUGUAUUCAGUUUGUAUGACCAUAGACUAGGUCAGCCUAGCUGUAAAUGCAUGCCGUGCUGCAUUCCUCUCUCUCCAUCACGCAGCUAAACCUGCUUGUCAGCCUGUGCCUCACUUGUGGUGAACUGGACUUUCGUUUAAAAUACGCAAACAUGUAAGGGACAGUGCAUCAGCCUUUACCCCCCCGGCCCUGGUCUUUUUAAGUGGUCUUUUGCUUUUCCUUCCGAAUUCGGUGGCAUGUUGUCCACCUGAUGCCUGCUG